AUGGGGCUGGGGAUUAUGGAUGCAGUAGUGGCCGAUCUUAAGGUCUUCGGGCUGGAUUUCGCGGAAGGGGAAGACCAGGACUCCAUUGCCGAGAAAUUGGAAGAAAUCUGCAUGACGGGAUGGGUAUCGGAGUUGGAUUUAGGAAACGAGUUGGUUGCUUUUGCUAUGCGCAAGGGAGUCCUCCUUCUGACUCUGGAGAACUUACUGGCCUUCGAACACGAGAUGCUAAGCAAGAAGGCCACAAAGCCCUGCAGGAGAAAGGAAGAACGCUGGUCCAGCAUGGGGGACGUCAACUCUGUUCAAGAGUCUCUGGAUGUUGACGAAGAAGAAGAGGAUUUGCUGGAGGCCUACACCUCGCCCUCGAAAUCUGCUCAGAAACGGCCCAUCACCACCCCAGAGAACCCCCGUUCCAAGCGGACCCUCUCCGGCCGCAGCCCCCGUCUGAACUUCUCUCCCAACAGCUUCUCACCCAGUGCAACCCCUUCUCAAAAAUACGCGUCCCGGAAGAACCGAGGCGAAGUCGUGGCCUCUUUUGGGUCGGCACCAGGUGGCGGACGUGCCAUUUCUGCCCCUUCGGUCCAGGUGUACAACGCCCCCCAUUCGCUCAGCAAACCGUACAAAUUCAUGUUCCAGGAUUUGAUGGAGAACCGUGAUGUGCUGUCCUACAAGAUUGAAGAACUGGGCGACGCCCUCAAGGCCCAUUAUAAAAUAGAUGAGUUCUCCUCGGUGAUGGUGCCUGCGCAGGAACCUGUGACCGUCUUGGGCCAGAUUGGGUGUGAUUCAAAUGGGAAGCUGAACCCCCAGUCCGUUAUCCUAGAAGGGGACCGCGAACACUCGUCAGGGGCCUUCAUCCCGGUCGAUAUUUCUGAGCUCUCGGAUUAUUCGUUGUUCCCAGGACAGGUUGUGGUCAUGGAAGGAAUGAACAGCACCGGCAAGAAGCUGAUUGUAUCCAAACUCUACGAGGGGGUGCCUCUUCCUUUCCAGAAGCCAACAGAAGCAGCCACAGAUCCGGAACCUCGGCUGGUCUUGAUUGCCUGUGGGCCCUACACCACUUCGGACAGCAUCGCUUACGAGCCCAUGGUGGACCUGAUUGAGAUAAUCAAUAAAGACAAGCCGGAUGUUUGCAUUUUGCUCGGCCCCUUUGUUGAUGCAAAGCACAAACAAGUCGAGGAAGGGCAGCUGAUCAUGUUGUACGACGAGGUCUUCAAGAGGUGCUUGAAGACCAUCAUUGAAGGAACGAGGAGUGCCGGCUCCCACCUUGUGUUUGUGCCUUCCUUGAGAGACGUGCACCAUGUGUGUAUUUAUCCCCAACCACCUUUUGUCUACGAACUCUCCAAAGAGGACCGACAGAGAGUGCUCUUCGUCUCCGAUCCCUGCACCUUAGAGAUCGACGGGGUGAUUUUCGGCUUAACCUCGGUGGAUUUGCUCUUACACAUGGGAGCGGAAGAAAUCAGCCGAUCUUCAAGUCUUCAGGACCGUUUUUCUCGAAUUCUCAAACACAUCCUGACCCAGCGGAGCUACUAUCCUCUCUACCCGCCCCCCGAGGACAUGAGUGUGGAUUACGAGCGUUUCUACCCGCACGCCUCUCUGCCCGUCACGCCGGACCUCUUGAUCACCCCGUCCGAACUGAAAUACUUCAUUAAGGACAUCUUGGGGUGCGUCUGCAUUAACCCCAGCCGGCUGACGAAAGGACAAGUGGGGGGCAGCUACGCGCAGCUGUGGGUGCAGCCACAGGUCCACGGGAACCAGCGGAAGGGCCCGUGCAUCGCUGCGCAAGUGAUUAAGAUCUAACCAGGUUCCGCCAACAUCUGA